UUUUUUUAUAUAGGUGGAAAUCAUCACAUUGAAGAUUUCAAAAAAUGAUAUUCAACCAUGGCAAAGAAAGGAAAAGCUCGAGUUAGAAAUGAGGCAACAUCAACAUUGCAAGAUAAUCAAAUAUCAAAUCAAAUAGAAGAAGAAAAUGCAGAAACUAAUCCCAAUCAUUCAAAAGCACCAUAAUCAAAUCCGUCAACCAAUGAAGUAUGUUCUUCAGCUCCCCCAACCAGAAGACACAAAAAGGAUCAUGCUAUUGGGAACCAAAAUGUCAGAGGAAAAGCUAAAGGUGUCAAAUCAGGAGAGGGAAUUGAGGUUGAGAUAUAUGAUGGCAGAUAAAUAUAAUAUGUUAUGAACAAAAGUGACAAAAACAAAGUUAAUCGAUCACAAUCACAAAUAAUCCACACUACUCGCGGAGUUUCGAUGGCUAAACAUAGGAGUGAUAUGGUUAAAGAGACCGGUUCAGAACUAGGCCCAAUUGAUUGUUUCAAAAAAUUCCGUACAAAAAAAGAUGGAGAGACUUGGCCUACUGAGAAAGCAAAAGACUUAUUUGAUCAAAUGGAGAAUAUUAGGUCAACUGCAACAUCUGCAACAUCUGAGGGCUCAUUGAUCAAUGAAUGGGAAAUCUAUCGCAAUGUUACAGGAGAACCUAGUCAUGGUCGUGUGCUUGGAUUAGGUACAUGUGUAAAAGGAAAAGAUGUUUAUGGUAGUAGUUCCUCUCAAACUUGCAGCAAAAAAUGUGAAGAAAAAUCAAAAAGGGAAGAAGAGGAAUGGGAGGGGUGUUUCAAGAAAAUGGAAUCCACUAUUAAUGAAUUACAACAACAAGUACUUGCCAUGGUUCAAAAAAUAUUGCAAAGCUUGGGCUUACCUAAUGCACCAAUAGCUACUUAGGUAUAACUAAUAUUAUUUGAUGUUCUUUGACAUAUGGUUAUAGCAUGUUCAAAUUAUAGUUAAUGUAAUUUAUGUUUUAUGGCAUGAGUAUUUGAUUUAUUAUAACAUUG